AUGACCAAUAAUCUCAGGCUCGCUCAUCUUCAGAGCCUGAGGCAUCCAGUUGAGAAAACUCAAAUAAGUCCUGAAAUUCAAAUUCACAAAUUUGCCCACAAAACCACCACCACUGUCCCUAGGGCUGCUCCUUUUUCCAGCCAAAUACCAUUUAGGAAAAUAAACUCUGUCAUUUAUUGGCUGAAUCCUCAGCAGCGCAAAUGCAAGCAAGAACGCAAAAGCACUCAGUAUAAUUUAGAGUUACCAAAAAUGAACUCUAAUGCGAAUAUGGGACUUCUUUUAUUUGAUGUCUCUGAUCUUCAACCCGAUUAUGGUCUGGAAAAGGCCCGUCCCAUUGUUGCUGCCUGGAAAAUCCGCAUGCUUCAGCAUUUGCUGAGUAACUUCGCCAUAGAAUUUGGUCGAGAUGUUGCUGAGGUGGCUCUCGACGUAUAUGAGCUCGUCGAGCCUAUCAAAUUGGCCAUCCAUUUCCAACACCGAGACCUUCACCACAAAUAA